CGUCCAAUAUUAUCUUCCCCCCCGCGAGAACGAGUUGAGUUACAUGGCGGGUGAACUGCAACGAAAUAUAUUGUAGUGAAAAGUGAAGCAAAAGGCUCAACUCCGUCACCAUUUACCAACAGUGUGAGCUUCGUUAGGUAGAUUAAGAAGUAGCAGUUGCCAUGGGAACAGAGGAGGACCGUAAAGCGGGUUUGGAGGAGAGUUUUUAUCCGAGUGAGGAGGACAUUGAGAAGUGGAUGUCCUGCGCCUUUGACAUGGCCAGAGACGCUCUGCAGAACAGGGAGGUGCCGGUCGGGUGUCUGAUGGUCUACGGCGACCAAGUCGUGGGAAAAGGCCGCAAUGAAGUCAACGAGACCAAAAACGCCACCCGACACGCAGAGAUGGUGGCCCUGGACCAGCUCCUGGACUGGUGUCGCCGCGGCAACCUGGAAGUGAGCGGUGUGUGCGAGCGAACGGCGCUGUACGUCACGGUGGAGCCGUGCAUCAUGUGCGCCGCGGCCCUGCGCCUGCUCCACAUUCCGGUGGUGGCGUACGGCUGCAGGAACGAGCGGUUCGGCGGCUGCGGCUCGGUUCUGGACGUCUCGUCUGCACAUUUACCCGAGACCGGCACCACGUUCAAGUGUGUUCCAGGUCACAGGGCAGAAGAAGCUGUGGAGAUGCUGAAGACUUUCUACAAACAGGAGAAUCCAAAUGCCCCGAAACCCAAAGCGAGGAAGGACUGAAGGACUGAACUCUUCUACACGCAUCGCUUCUAUGUUUAGUUUUUGUACAUUAAAUAAAAGACAUUAUAAAUCGUUCUGUGUUAGUCACAGCCCGACUUCCUGCCACAUCUGCUGCUAUUCCACCAGUGGGCCACCGGGGGGAGCAGCACACACACACACACACAGACACACACAGACACACACGCGGCUCCUUUUUCACCUCGUUCCAUCAGCUCUUGGUGGAUUAGAACAAACGUUGUAAAAAUGAACACGAGGAGGUUUGAAUAUUCAGCAGAGGAUCCAACAUUUAAUGUUGAGUUGUUAGAUUUCACUGUAAUGUAAAAUGUAAAACUGCUUUUGUGUUGACUUCCUGUUUGAUCUUUCUGGGAACGAGACUGUGUGGGUGUGUGUGUGGCAGAUCUUCUCAACAGAAGUGAACCUCACAACAGCUCAUAUAACACACAAACACACCCUGACACACAGACACUAUUCAGACUCACUUUCACUUCCUCUCAGUAGCAGACACACACACACACACACACACACACGUUGAACUGUGUGUGUAUCUGCAGCUGGGGUAGAGUUGAAAAACACGGUAUGCGUAUAUGUUUGUAUUAGAGAUGUGUGUGAGUGUGUGUGUGUGUGAGUGUGUGUGUUCCAGGUGUCCUGCUGUUUGUUCCAACAAAGCAAGAAUAGAGAUUUAUAAACUCCCAUUUUCUUACACUUUCAAUCUUCUCCACUUCCUUCCAUCCUUAUUGUGGCUGACAGCGUCUUUCCUUCCUUCCUUCCUUCCCUUCUACUUUUUUCCUUCCUGCUUCCUUCCUUUUAUUUAUAUCAUUUUCUUGCCUUCUUUUACUCUUUUUAUAUUUCUACAUCUCUUCACUAACAGUUUGUUGUUCCAUUCUCUUCGUUCGUUUAUUCAUUUAAA